GAGAGAGAGAGAUAGCAAUUACACUAACUGAAUUUACCUGUAGCAAGCAGUCGCUGCGUCUAGUAGCUCAUUUUAGCUGCGCACGUGCGUCAGUAUGAGCACGAGCGCUCGUGUGCACCUGUGAAAGACAUUCAUCUGUCUCGUGAGAAGAAACAUCACAUUCCAGCGUGAGCCUUCCAGAGGAAUGCCUUCAUCUCAUCUCAUCACAUCACAUCACAGCAUGAAAGAUGUGGCAAAUGAUGGCAUGGACCACCUUAGUCAAGAUCUUUGAGCACAAUGCUGUGAUGACGUGCAGCUCGCUUAAUGCACAUAGACACAAGCUGUCAGAUGAAUAAGCAGCACUUCUGCAGGCAUGGCAUCAAACGGCACAUAUGCAGGCAAGCCCUUGGAUGUGAUUAUCCUCUCCCUCACACUUUCAAUUCUUGCUGUGCUGACCACGGCCAUGAACUGCUUGGUCAUUACAGCCAUCAUCGUCACACGCAAGCUGCACCAUCCUGCAAACUAUCUCAUCUGCUCACUAGCCGUGACCGACCUUUUGGUGGCCGUAUUAGUCAUGCCCUUCAGCAUUGUCUACAUUGUAAUGAACACGUGGGUCAUGGGUGAAAUCAUGUGCAACAUCUGGUUAAUCGUGGACAUAACCUGCUGCACGUGCUCCAUUCUGCACCUCGCGGCCAUCGCUGUGGACCGAUACCGCGCCAUUACGGACGCUGUGGAGUAUUCGAGAAAGAGGACAUCUCUACGGGCCGCCAUCAUGAUCAGCGUGGUGUGGCUCCUCUCGAUAGUGGUCUCCCUGCCGCCAAUGCUGUUGAGACGCCAGGAAGAAAACACGUGCAUCAUUAAGCACGACAACAUCGGCUCCGCGCUUUACUCCACGUUCGGGGCAUUUUAUAUCCCGCUAAUACUCAUUCUCAUUCUCUACUACAAGAUCUACCGAGCAGCAAAGACUCUUUAUAACAGGAGAGCGAGUUGCCUCAACAAGCCGGAGAUGAACGGACACAUGCUUCCCAAGUGCAGCGACCGGGAGCCGACGUCCCCGGACACCCUAAGCCCUCCGGAGAAAUCGUUGUCUGAACCCUCCACCGAAGGCGACAGGGCGCGCAUUACUGUGAAAAGCCCAAAGUCUCGGUCUCGCAGAGAGCGGUCUUGCAGAGAGCAGUCUGUCAGGAGACAUCGCAUCUCCAGCACGCGUGAAAGGAAGGCCGCCACCACUCUGGGACUCAUUCUGGGGGCUUUUGUCAUCUGCUGGCUGCCCUUCUUCAUCCAUGAGGUGAUUGUUACCAUCUGUGAAUCCUGCAGUCUCUCUCCUGAGAUGACCAACUUUCUGACUUGGCUGGGCUAUCUGAACUCUCUCAUCAACCCGCUGAUUUACACCAUCUUUAAUGAGGAUUUUAAAAGGGCUUUUCAGAAGUUGAUCAAGUGCAAGAAUUAUCUCUAACGCCAAUGAAGGGAUUGCCUCAUGUGAACUGAAACUAUUACAAUCAAAAAAUAUGAUGUUCAAAGAACUUAAUUAAAAGAGGGAUUAUUCUGCACAAUUAAAUUUAGUCUCUGUUGCUGUUGAAACAAUUAGAUAAUUAAGUUGUGUACAAAGGCAUUUUAUUAGGCAACAAAUCAGACCACAUUAUGUGUCUGAAGAAUUUACUCUGCUUUAAAACAAUAUGUGACCUGCUGCUGCUGCUGGCAAAAUGAGUCACAAUGAGCAAAUUUAGAUUUUUACGUUCUUAAAAGGCAUCUAUUAUGCCCCUUUUUACGAGAUGUGAUAUUGGUCUUGGGUGUACCCAGGAUGUGUCUGUGAAGUUUCAGCUCAAAAUACCCCACUGAUCAUUUAUUAUAACAUCUGAAAAAUGUCAUUUUUGGGGUGUGUCUACAAAAGAGCUGUUUUGGUGUGUAUCACUUUAAAUGCAAAUGAGCAGCAUAUUCCCACCCUGUCUUUAGAGGAGAGGGUGUAGUGCAGUGUUCACCAAACUUGUUCCUGGAGGGCCAGUGUCCUGCAGAGUCUAACUCCAACCCUAAUCAAACACACCUGAACCAGCUAAUCAAGGUCUUGCUACGUAUACUUGGAACUUCAAGGCAGAUGUGUUGAGGCAAGUUGGAGCUAAACUCUGCAGGACAGUGGCCCUCCAGGACAGAGUCUGGUGACCCCUGGCAUAGUGUAUACAUCUCUGCUUUGCAUACCUACAGAAAUAAAUAUAAUAUAAUAAAUAUAAAUAUAAAAGUAAUCCGCUGCGUCUUCUUGUGGCUCAGACUCUUAUGUUCAGUCUUACAUCCAAACACAGAGCACCGGGAUUGCUUAUGAGACAUUGUUGACAUUAAAGUUGCUUGAGCGCAGAGAAAAUUUAGG